AUGCCCACAAAGGCAAGACGAGUAGCCUUCUUUCAUCUCGAUUUGGGCGUUGGUGGUGCAGAGCAACUUGUUCUACAGACUGCUCUUCAGACACACGCAGUCUUUGAGGAGUCAUGGCGCUUGCCGUGUACAGUUGAUGUCUUCACCUCUUACUUCGAUACGGACAGAUGUCUCGAAGCAUCAAGAGACCCGAGGCUAAACAUACGGGUCUUCGGAUCGUUUUUGCCGCAUGCCAUUUUGGGGAGGUUUCGCGUUGCGUGCUCGAUCGUGCGUAUGCUGUAUCUUGUCCUUGCCGUCAUAGUCACAGGGCAUAUGGGGUAUGACCUUGUCUUUAAUGACCAGGUGGCAGUAGUGAAUCCACUUCUCCGCUUGAUUGGUAGGAAGGGUACAAACGGAGCUACGCGCAGCAAGAUUGAUGUUUUCGUUGAUAACUACUUUGUGCACCAGGUCAUUUUCUACGGCCAUUUCCCUGACCUCUUACUCGCGCGCCGCCACCCAUCGCUUCUGCGCCGCGUGUACCGUUACCCCUUUGACAAGCUCGAGUCUUGGACCACUGGAAUGUGUGAUAUGGUGUUGGUCAACUCCAAAUUCACUGCAGAAGCAUUCUCUCAAACAUUUUCAUCAUUUAGGAAGGCCAAGCCCCGAGUCUUGUAUCCUCCGGUCAGUAAGGAGGUGGAGGCCUUCCAGCUGCGCAGCGUUAGUGGCAAUGUCGAUGCUUCGUUCAGCCAGCUAGAAGGAUUCGAUCUGUCAGUACCAUUCGCGACGUCGCUAAACCGAUUCGAAGAAAACAAGAACGUCGAGCUUGCAAUAAGAGCCGUGGCAAGUCUUCCGGGGCACAUUAAAUGCAACUUGGUUAUAGCAGGAGGUUUCGAUCCGCGUUUACCGGAAUGCAAAUCGUAUUUCCACCGGCUAUUGAAGCUCUCUAUGGAGCUCAAUUUUCGCGUUCUUGGUUGUGAAGAUGCCGUAGACGCCAACGCAGCGGUGCCUUGUGAAGCAAUGUUCGUCGGUAUUCUUCCCGUGGCUUGCAAUACAGGUGGACCCCGAGAAACCAUCGUCGAUGGAGUUACAGGCUUCCUCUGCACUCCAACACCAGAGUGCUUCUCUGCUACUCUUGAACGCAUUUUGUUGCUGUCAUCGCAAAAUCCCGAAGAGCUGGCGGCCAUGUGCUCAAACGCUCAGGCGCAUGCAGCAAGAACAUUUUCACCAGAUGUAUUCCGCCGGUCCCUUAAAGCCAUUAUUGCAGACGUCACAGGGAUUUGUGAUAACAACUGUGUGGAACAUUCCCAGGAACUCGCACAGCGGGUGUGCACGGCUCGCAGGAAACGGCGCGUUGCCUAG